AUGGAUACUCAGUCAGAAGAGACACCAUUGCUGCACUCCAGGCAUGAAGCGCUAUAUCAGCGCUUCACACCCGUAGAAAAACGCGGCCUCGUCGCGAUGGUUUCUGUCUGUGGACUGUUACCCUUUUUCGUCUCUGGAACAUUUAUACCUUCUAUCCCUCAGAUCGCAAAAGACUUAGAUACAACAGGUCCUAUCGUCAGCUUAGCCGUCAGUCUAUUUUUCUUCGCCGCAUCCCUCGGGUCUCUCACCGCCGCGUCUUACUCAACUUUCUACGGACGCAGACCGAUAUACUUAUGGGGUCUACCCCUCCUUUCCAUCGGCUCCGUCGGGGUCGCAUCUUCAGUAAACAUACAUCAACUUAUGGGAUGGCGCUUUGUACAAGCGUUAGGCGCAUCCCCGGGGCUAGCUGUAGGGGCGGGCGUUAUUGGUGAUAUCUACAAGCUUGAGGAGCGUGGUACAGCGAUGGGAAUAUUCUUUGCCGCUAUCCUUCUUGGGCCUGCAUUGGCGCCUUUAGCUGGAGGGAUCGCGGCGCACUACUCAUCAUGGCGCACUAUGCAGCUCGCGCUGGGCGUCUGGGGUCUAGCUGCGUUUGUUUGGAUAAUUCUAUUUUUUCCCGAGACGAGUCACCCUGGGACGAGAGGAGUGGAGAAGAUUGAUCCUGUAAAACGACCGACGUGGAGACCUGUAUUCUUAACCCCUUGCUCCACUAUGGUUACUCCGCAGUCCCAACGUCCUGGCGGUUCCAUGACGGGACUCACGGUCUUGCUCUCAAAUUACGUGCUGCUUGUCCCGUUGGCAUACACAAUCGGCGCGCGUUACAAAAUAACGAAUGAAGCGCUCAUCGGAGCAUGCUUUUUGCCAUCGGGGCUAGGGAAUCUGAUCGGAGCGCCUCUAGCUGGGCGUAUGUCCGACAGGAUCGUUGUUCGGUGGCGCGCCAAACGCGGAGGCGUGUGGUACCCCGAAGACCGCCUACGAGCAGCUGUAUACGGCGCCUUGUUUUUUGUUCCCCUCUCUGUGCUGAUCUCUGGAUUGUUGUUGAGGUAUGUGGAUGGAAAAUUGGGUUUUGUCCUCAAUUUGGUCUGCCUUUUCUUUAAUGGCAUCGGGGUGCGUGCGAGUCUUGAUAUAGAUAACAAGCCAAUUUGCGAAUAA